AUUAUCCUAUAUGAUUAUAUUCAGGUUAAAAUCUUUUAUAAAAGAUUUAAAGAAUAUUUCUUUUUUGUAACUUUAGGAUAAGGAAGUAAGUAAUUUAAUGAAAUUGAAAUCAUUACGUGUUCUUCAUUAUUUAACACAUACGUUUAAUGAAUCUCUUCAAUGGCUUGAUCAAAAACAAAUUUCUUAUGGAUUAAUAAAGGAUCAUCAUCAUCAUCAGUCGACUACAAACAGGCGUGGUUUACAGGCGAUAACAACAUCGUGCCAAGGCGUCGAGUUAGUAAAGGAUAAUACUAUUAAAAAUAUUGAUCCACUUGAUAAUAUUAUUAUAUGUGUACCAGUUACUUUUGAUUUAAAUUCUCAAGAUUUACUCAAACAAUUUCAUAUCUUAAGAAUAAAAUUAAAUGCAUCAAAUGCAAAAUAUAUUAGUGAUGCUAUGUUAACUAUUUCACGUAGAAUACCUGCAGAUAUAUUUCUACAAUAUUAUAUAGAAUUAGUUCGUAGUGAACAAUUAACAAAACUUGGUAUAACAUCAAACAAAGAAAUUAUUCGUUUAUUAAAUGAAUAUGCAUCUGAUUCUAAUUUGAUAACAUCCGUUAUAAGACCUUUAUGGGAUAGUCGACCUCAUCCAGAUAUUCGUGCUUGUCUUAUUUUAACAUUACUUCAAUUUAUUGAUAAAGUACAUUCGAAUGAUGAAAAAAUAAUCAUUUGGAAAAUUUUGGAAGAAGCUGCUGAUGAUAAUUAUCUUCCAGUUGUUCAAACUCUAUUUCCUGAAUAUCGAGGAAGUUCUCGUUGGCCAUUAUCUCGUUCAAUAUAUUCGUCAGAUGAUACUUUUGAACUAUUUAUUAAUCGAAUUCAAUUUAAAGUAUUAGAUCAUCCAACAUCAUUAGAAGCACGUUUAUGGGCUUGGACAAAUAUUAAUUAUAAAAAGUAUAAUUCAGAAAGAUUAAUUGAAAAAAGUAAACAAUUAUGUGUUCAAUUCGAUAAAAAUGCAAAUAUUCUAUGGGAAACUGCUUUUAAUCAAUUAAUAUUAUGUUAUAAACAUCAUCAGAUAUCACUAAUAGAUCCAAUUAUUGAUAUUAUUAAAAAUCUUAUGUUACAUAGAGAUGAAAUUGAUUCGAAAGAAAAUGCUAUUAAUAACCAACAAGAUUUACCAAUUUAUCAUCGUAUCCAAUGUAUUUUAAUAAAAUUAAUUUCUUAUAUGAAACAAUUAUCUACUGUUGAAAAACUUCCUCUUCGUUCUUUUGCAAUAAUGAUAUUUCAAUUUGAUAAAACAUUUGCUCUUCUUACUGGUACAUUAUUAAUAAAUACUGCUCAAAAUAAAGAUGAUCUUGAAUCAAUGUUAAUUUUAUUUCAAGAAAAUUUAUCGGAAUAUUAUUAUGAAAGAAUAAUUGAGCAAUUAGGAAAUAUUCUUUAUAAAUCGUGUCAUUUCAUACAACAAUUAACUGCUAUUGAAAGAUUUGAUUUAGCACAAUGGUUUAUUAAUGAAAAAGAUCAAGGAUUAUUUGUUUUUGCUCUACUUAAAAAGAAUAUAUUUUCACAAUCUGGCGUUGACAGAGAACAAUGUCAAAAUCUUCUUCGACAAUUAAGAAAAAGUGAAAAUUUAUUAUUAAGACAACAAGCUUUGGGAUAUACUGUAAAUUGGGCAAAGAAGAAAUGGAAACUUAUUAAAAAACAGCGAGAUCGAAUAGCUGUUUCGAAUCAUCCUUCAGAGUUAAAUACAGACGAUGUUAACUUUUUCGAUAUAUUUGAUAAUAUUUAA